ACUCAAAUAUCAAUAAACAAUAUGGGAACCGCCCUUUACCAAAAUCCACCUCCUGAUCUUCUCCAAGACCUAAAGGUCACUGUCCACAACUCCUCUCUAGUAUUUCCCUCCGAGGAAACCGAGAGAAAAACAAUGUUCUUGUCAAACAUAGACCAAGUUCUGACUUUUGAUGUCCAAACAGUCCACUUUUUCCCUACCCACAAAGAUUUUCCUCCUCAACUUGUAACUGAGAAAAUCAAAGAAACUCUUGGGAAAAUAUUGGUGCCCUACGAUUUCUUGGCAGGGAGGUUGAAUUUGAACGCUGAGAGUGGUCGUUUGGAGAUAGAUUGCGAUGGUUCUGGGGCAGGAUUUGUAGCGGCCUCUAGUGAGUAUAGUUUGGAUGAUAUUGGAGAUUUGGUUUACCCUAAUCCAGCUUUUUCCCAGUUAGUUUGCUCCACUUUGGACAUGUUGAAACCAGAUGUUCAUCAUCGGCUGCUUUGCAUUCUUCAGGUUACAACUUUUAAGUGCGGUGGAUUUGCAAUGGGUUUCACCACCAACCAUGUAACAUUUGAUGGCCUCAGCUUCAAGCUCUUCUUGCAAAACCUAGCCUUUGUUGCCGCCAACAAGCCCUUGGCCGUCACCCCUUGCCACGACCGCCGACUCCUAGCAGCCCGAUCCCCGCCACGCGUCACCUUUCCUCACCCUGAGCUACUCAAGUUGCCUCCAGUCACCGACCUAGGGCAAUUAGACCCUAACCCUACUCAUGUCUUCAAAGCCACCGACGAAGAGCUCGUCUUCAAGAUCUUCCGGCUGAGCCCCGACGACUUCUCCGCCCUAAAAGAAAGGGCCAAAUCAGGCGACGGAGACCGUGUGAUCACGAGCUUCAAUGUCGUCACCGCCUUCAUAUGGCGGUGCAAGGCAUUGUCUUGUGACGCAAGUAAUGACAUGGAGAGGCAAUCGAGGAUCCUCUACGCGGUGGACAUAAGGAGGAGAGUGGACCCCCCCUUGCCCCAAUCAUACACGGGGAACGCAGUUUUGACUGCGUACGCGACGAGGUACUAUAAGGAGCUGGAAGAAGGGCCGUUCUCGAAGAUAGUGGAGACGGUGGCGGAGGGAGCAAGAAGGAUGACAAAUGAGUAUGCGAGGUCGGCCAUAGAUUGGGGUGAGCUUUACAAAGGGUUCCCUCACGGCGAGGUGUUGGUUUCGUCGUGGUGGAGAUUAGGGUUUGCGGAGGUUGAAUAUCCAUGGGGGAAGCCCAAAUAUAGCUGUCCAGUGGUGUGUCAUCGGAAGGAUAUUAUUCUGUUCUUUCCGGAUAUUGAAGAUCGUGAUGAUCAUGAUGAGCCUGAUGAUCUCAAUGGCAAACAAGAAGGCAGAGAGAGAAAAGAUGGGGUCAACGUUUUAUUGGCCCUACCGGCCAAGGAGAUGGAGAAGUUCGAAACUUUAUUUCACAAGUACUUAUUAAGUGGUUGA